GGAGCUGUCAGGCUGAGGUGAGUUGCUUUAGGCAAGCAGUUCGGGUUGUGGUGAGAGAAGAGCGGUUUGUGUGCUGCGGGCGCCGGAUACAGUGAGGUGUGUGCGGUAAACCGCAACCGGAGAGAUACUGUGCAGACCUGGAAUUUAAUAUGCCUGUGCAAGCCCCAUUGGAUUUGUAAACCACGUUUCUACCCAUGAUGGGCUGAUGAAGCCCUCUGUGCUGUAUACUGCCCCAGAGGAGGAUGACACACAGAGCCAGCCCUGUGAAAGCCUACGACUUCCUUCUGAAGUUUUUGCUGGUCGGGGAUAGUGAUGUUGGUAAAGGGGAGAUCUUGGCCAGCUUGCAAGACGGAUCCACAGAGUCUCCUUAUGGCUACAACAUGGGCAUCGACUACAAAACGACCACAAUACUUCUAGAUGGAAGGCGGAUAAAAUUACAACUUUGGGACACUUCUGGACAAGGAAGGUUUUGCACGAUCUUUCGUUCCUACUCCAGGGGAGCUCAGGGAGUGAUCCUGGUUUAUGAUAUCACAAACCGCUGGUCUUUCGAUGGAAUUGAUCGAUGGAUAAAAGAAAUUGAUGAGCAUGCACCUGGUGUGCCCAAGAUCCUGGUGGGAAACCGUCUGCACUUGGCAUUCAAAAGACAGGUGUCUACAGAACAAGCACAAACUUAUGCCGAGCGGCUGGGCAUGACCUUCUUCGAGGUCAGUCCUCUGUGUAACUUUAACAUUACGGAGUCAUUCACAGAGCUGGCAAGGAUCGUAUUAAUGAGGCAUGGAAUGGACCGUCUGUGGAGGCCAAACAAGGUACUGAGCCUGCAAGACCUCUGCUGUCGCGCCAUUGUUUCCUGCACCCCAGUACACCUGGUUGACAAACUUCCUCUCCCUGUUGCCUUAAGAAGCCAUCUGAAAUCCUUCUCCAUGGCCAACGGCCUGAAUGCCAGAAUGAUGCACGGCCGUUCCUACUCCCUCACUGCCAACGUCAACAAGCGGAAUAGCCUGAAAAAAGCCAAAAUCAUACGUCCGCCACAGAGCCCCCCUAAGAACUGCACCAGAAACAGCUGCAAGAUCUCUUAGUCCUUUUCUGAUUAAUGAACUUGUGUGGAACAAUUAGAAUCUCAGGACUAAGAGAACUCUACAAGCACCUGGAAUGGGCAGAACACAGUCUCUUUGAUUCAGGACAGUUAUGGAAGAUACAGAGUCUCAUCUGUUUAUAAUGCUGCUUUGAAAUGGAUAUAGGACAAGUUCCUAUAAAAAAGACAAAUACAUUGCUGUGUGUCGCUUCAUAAAAGUGCAUGAGCCUUUAGUAGUUUGUUUUUUCCUAUGUGCGAUUAUAAAGGGAAUAUUUUUGCGACGCCCCGUGCGUGUAACUACAUCAGUUCUUGGCAUUGAUGUUUACCGUGUAAUUUGUGCGCUAAACACUUUUAUUGAAGGUCAGGUUGAUUUGCAAAAUAAUUGUGAUAAUUGCUGGCAGGAGUUUUCUUUUUUGAAGUACAAUGUAAAGUAUACUGUACAUUGCACAAUCAGACCGUAGGGUAUUAUUUCUCUAGCAGUUUUUCUUCACCUUUCUAUAAUUGAGGCACUACGACUAUAAGCUGCAGAGCUGCACUCACAAUGUGUCGGACUUGUGAAACAAACCGGAUGUUUGAUAACGUUUUUUGCAUUGUUAUUUAAUACUUUUGGGAUUAAUCAGUGAUUAUAUAUAAUAUAUAUAUAUAUAUGCUUCUAUUUCUGUAAAUCAAAAGAUUUUUUACCAGAUGUAUUGAGCAUUUCUGUGUUUAAAAAGGAUUAAUAGCCAAAGAUGUGUUUGAAUUUUAUUUGUUUGCAAGGGAUCUGUGAAAUGAGUGUGAUUUGAAAAACUGUUUUUUAAAGAGAAAACACUAUUAUUUAAAAAUAAAAUAAAUGUAUUUGAAAAA